AUGGGAUCGAAUAAGGGAAUUAUUUUUAAUUAUGCAAUAGGAAGAUAUUAUUGGGGAAUUGAAGAAAUUGAUUGCUUGAAUUUGAAUUUGUUGGGAAUUGAUCGCCAAAUUGAGUUUUGGCAACAAUUGCUGACAGAAAUUAGUUCGCUUGAUCAAACUUUUGAUAGAAAUAAAAAUAUUUAUAGCUCUUGUGAAGGAGGCUUGCAUUCUGAUAAUAAUUCUCGUGAAAAUCAAACUCAGGAUAAGAAGAAUGCAUUUUUUAUUUUAGAACCUCAAUCUAAGCUCUUAUCAAAGCGUUUCAGCUUAAAAGAUCAAACAAAAAUGACUAAUUUAAACUAAGAUUAUAAGAGAAGCUCCCUGUAGGCCUACAAAGCCCAUAUAAACUCUGUAACGCUCAACUGCUUGCCUACAACUAUCACUAUGCUGCUCCCAACGGAUGAAGGCUUGAACUCGCUAUCCGUGAGUCAGGGGCAAUGGGUUGCCAUGCCGUUAUUGACGAGUUCAGCCUGCUGAAAAUUAGAAAAUCGAAUUAUCUGGUCCUCUGUGGACCAAGAUAGAAACUCAAAGCUCAAGACGCAAUGUCCAAUAUCGCGCUGGGAAAUGCUCCUGAUUGACGAAAGGGAACCUCAUUAUGUCCAUUUUCAACUUUGAGCUCCAUCUCCGCACAGACUAAAACCUUGGCUGGGUGUAAGCAUAUGGUUGGCUAGAUAUGACAUUGCGCUCCACCAAACAAUAAAAACCUGUCCAGAUGCUCAUUUCCAAAUGUUGUACUCCUUUCCAAAAGGUCCUAUUCACCCUGGCUACAUUAUUAUUUACUCCCCUGGGAGUAAGAGGUUGCACCACGCCAUUUUAAUGUAUGAUGAAAAAAUUACUACCUAUAAAAUAUUCUGAAAAAAUUGCUCAAUAAAUUUAGAUAAACUACUAUCAGGAAAAAUUUUAUUAGAAAUAUCGUUUUUAUCUGAUACAAAUUCUCUGAAAAUAUCAUUUUUCAAUAAAAUAAAAUUUUCCAAAAAUAUUCAAACUUUUUCAUCAAUAAAAGGCUCUCUAUCAGACGAAUUAAAAGAAAAACUUUACAAAUUUAUAAUUUAUUCCAAAGACUCAGAAGAAAUUUCAAUAGCAGCCAGCAAUGCGAUUUCACUGUUAAAUUUAGCUGAAUUUUCAUUUACCAAUAAAAAUUUAAAAAAUAUAAAAAUACCAGACGCCGAUUUAUCAUGCGGAAACUGAAUUAAUACAAAUUUCAAAGGCAGCGACCUUACCAAUGUAAAUUUUUCUUACUCAAAUAUUUAUUGCUCAAAUUUAAAAAAUUGCAAAUUAAGCUCUGCUAGUUUUGGCGAAAUUACAAUAAAAGGCCAUAAAAAUUGGGUGACCUCGAUAUGCUAUUCUCCUUGUGGGCAGUAUUUGGCAUCUGCAAGCGCUGAUACUACUAUAAAGCUCUGGUGCCUUAAAACUUUACAAGAACUCAAAAUAUUUAGAGGCCACCAGCAAACUAUUAAAUGUGUAGCUUAUUCGCCAAAUGGAGAUAUUCUUGCAUCUGCAGGAGCGGACCGAACAGUAAGAUUAUGGGACAUUGAAACUUGUAACGAGCUUUUAUUAUUGACAAAUCCCUAUAUAAUAAUUGGUGCAGUCGCUUUUUCACCAUGUGGAAACUAUUUAGCAUAUGGGCAUGAGAGGAGAGAUAUAAAAAUAUUAAAUAUUAGCAUUAAGAAGACUAAAACUAUAAAAAUUUGCAAUGAAGAUGUGAUUAAGAAACUUUUAUUUACCAAUUGUGGUAGAUAUCUGAUUGCUGGGAAUGAAAAUAGCUGAGUCUGCACUUGGGAAUUAGAAAAUCUUACAAAAAUCAAAAAAUUUUCAAAUUUAUAUGGAGUUCGAUCAUUAUCCUAUAUAACACAUAAAAAGUUUAUUGCGACUUGUGGAGAUAAAGGUGUCAAAAUUUGGAAUCUUUUGGAAGAAUCCGAAGCAACAUCAUUUGGAGAUUAUCCAAAUAUAGUAAACGCAGUAGCUCUUUCAUGCGAAAAUAAAAUGGCUUGUUGCAGCUUAAGUGGGAUAUAUGUUUAUGAUCUUGAUUCAAAACUCAAAACUCAUUUAUACUGUUUUAAUAAAUUAUUAUAUUAAAUUUAAACAUUUUUAAUAAUAAAUUAGGCAAUAAAUAUUUAAGGCCUAUUGACAAAGCAAUCAAAAAAGAAUAUUACAAAAUCAUAGUGAAAUAGUUAGCAGCAUAGCGUUUUCUCCAUGUGGGAAAUUUCUUGCUUCUGGAAGCUGGGACAAAACAAUAAAAAUCUGAAGUUUGCAUUCGUUUCAGCCAAGAGAUAAAGAAAUCAUAAGCUCUAUUAAUGCAGUAGCUUGAUCACUAUGUGGGAAUUUUUUUAUUACCUGUGACAGCAGCGGGGCAAUUUUUGUAUGAUGUGCAAAAACAUUUAAAAUUAUAAAGAAAUUAAAAAGCCAUACCUGUUCUGUGAAUAAUAUUGCCAUAUCUCGUUGCAAUAACUAUUUAGUUUCAGGAGGGCUCGAUAGCGCUGUGAAGCUAUGAGACUUAAAAUCUGGCCAGCUUAUAAAAUCGCAUCAAGAAAGAUUAGGUGUUAUUUUUGCCGCAUUUUCUCCUAGUGGAAAGCAUGUGAUUUCUUGUUUAACGAGGGAUUGAUCAUUUGUUUAUCAUAAAGAUUUUUUCUCAGACUCCAAAAUUCAGUUCUCCUCACUCCCCCCACCCCUUUAAAUUGGAACUAAAAAUUUUGUUCCAAUUUAAAGGGGGGUUAAGAAAAUUUUUUUAAAAACAAUCAUUAUAAAAAUUUUUAUAUAAAAUUUAAAAAAACAAAAAAUUUCAAAAAUUUAUCGAAUCAGAAUAAUAAAUUUGUUUAAUAAAACGCUAUUUACUCUUUAUCCUUUAAAACAAAGCAAGAUAUAACUAAAAUUUUAUUAUUAAUUAAUACGCCACUAUUAAUUGGUAUCAAAACUAUUUACACAAAAAUUAUUAUUUUUAUUGAUAAAAAAAAAUUAAAAAAAAAAUUUUGGAAAAUUUAUUAAUCAAAGUGCUAAUUUUGUUUAAAUAAGAUAUUAUUUAUACUCUAUUCUUUAAAAUAAAGCAAGAGAUAAGUAAAUUUUGAAUUUUUGCAAAGAAUUCGUAUUGAAUUUAUAUCAAAGCUAUUUAAAUAAAAAAUAUCAUUUUUAUAAAAAAAAAAUUAAAUUUUUUUAAAAAUUUACAAUUAAGGAUAAUAAAUUUAUUUAAAUAAGAUGUUCUUUAUACUCUAUUCUUUUAAAACAAGGCAGGAUAUAACUAAAUUUUUAAUUUUAGUUAAGAAGAAACAUUUAAAUUAUAUCAAAACUUUUUACAUAAAAAUUAUGAUUUAUAUAUAUAAAAUUUUGUAUUAUAAAAUUAAAUUUUGUUCCAAUUUAAAGGGGGGUUAAUUUACCAAAAAAGUGGAAAUUUUACCUAUAUUUUGUUCCAAUUUAAAGGGGGGGAGGGGAGUCAGAAAACUCCACUGAAGCUAUUAUUUCAAUUUCUACUUCAAGCACAAGAAAAUAUUUAGCUAUAGCUUUAAAUGCAGAUUAUAUUGCUAUAUUGUCAUCAAAAACUCUAAAAAGGGUAAAAAAACUAUAUACAUCCAAGGCCUCUAUUUUAGUGACCGCAUUUUCACCUUGUGACAAAUUUUUAGCUUCUGGCGGAAACGAAAAAAUUAUUGAAAUUUAUUCUCUAGAGACUGGAAAAGCAAUAAAGCAUUUCCAAGGGCAUACAGGAAAUAUUUCAGCUCUUGCGUUUUCGCCAUGCGGAAAGUAUUUUGUGUCUGGGAGUUGAGAUCAAAGCAUUAUUGUAUGGGAUAUAGAAAGUCAAACAAUUUUAAAUCAGCUUGUUGGGCAUAAAGAUGCAGUAAGUUCUAUAUGCUAUUCGCCGUGUGGAAGAUUUAUAUUGUCAGCAAGUCGAGAUCAGACGAUUAAAAUAUGGAAUGAUGACAAUAGUCAAGAGGAAAAAAGUAAAGAAAAUGAAGGAAUUUCUGAAAAAAAUAAACAUAAGCUGCUAUGGUCAUCUUGGGGUGUAAGUACGUCAAUUUUUAACUCUAAGAUUGACUAG